AUGGUCAUGGUCAUGGUCAUGGUCAUGGUCGUGGUCAUGGCCAGGGUCAUGGUCAUGGUCAUGGUCAUGGCGGAAGCGGAUGCUGCGGAGGAGCUGGCCAACGAGAGCCAUCCGUCGGUCUUUGUGGUCUGCGAUGUGAAGGAGGCCGGGUGCGUGCGUGUGCUGGCCAAUGCGGCCGGGGCGGCGGCAGAGAUGGGAUCGGCUGUGCCGCUGGCGGUGGUGGAGCCGGACGAGGCCAAGAAGUUUGAUGCGCUGUGGAAGGUUGUGGCUCGCGGGACGCUCCCCCGCGUUCUGGUCACUGCUCACGGUCUCAUCAUGCCAUAUGCUGGCGACCGGUCUGCCAUCUCCAUCGUCAAGUACAUCAUCCGUCUGCUCGAGUCGGACGCCGGGGCGACCCGGACGACAGCAAAGCAGUCAUUUGCGGCGCUGGCGACGUCGAGCUCGUCCAAAGCAGCGCUGCUGGCGGUGCUGCCACCCGGCGCAUCGCGCGAGCAUCCGCUGCUUCAGGCGCUUGAUGCUACCUCACAUGUCAUCGCCGGGCGGGUCGGCCUCGCAUACACCACCGACGCCGAGGUGGCUGAGGCCGUCGGCGUGCCCGAGGGCGUGGCGCUCGCGCUGGUCACCCCCGAUCGCGGGGUGGUGGCGUACAGCAGCGAAGCCGGGAGCGACGGUGUGUCGGCACAGAGCAUCGUCGACUUUGCGGCCGCCAAUGACUGGCGGCUUGUGGGCACGCUCUCGCGCGAAAACGCACACGAGCUGUGGGAUGGGCUCUACGUCCACGACACCGGCAUUCUGUGGAUCAACGGGACGACAUCGCCUGGUGCAGCGUCGGCGAUCUCGGCGCUGUUUGAGGCUGCGCCCGAUGCAUACGACGCCGAUGCGACGCACCCAGUCCGCCAUCUGGUUGUCGACCUCGCACGACUGCCGGAGGCCGCCGGCCCGGUGACGCUGCCGGAAUCUCUGCCGGCGUACGGUAUUUUCCAGGCCGGCCUCCAGCGGCGGGUCUGGCUCGAUGGCCGGCUCACCACCCGCAGCAUGCUCGACUUUAUCGUCGGCUACACCAGAGGCGAGUUUGGCGUCGACCCGCGGAGCGCGCCGCGGCCGGCAGCGUACAGCGUGCCGACGGCGAGCGAGCUGGAGGCCGAUCCUGCAGCAGCAGUCGUCGAGGUCGUUCACGACAGCUACGCCGAGGUUGUGGCUGACGAUAGUGAGACCAACAUGCUGCUUGUGUAUGUGGGGACACCGUGCGCGGGAUGCGCGACUAUGCUCCCGAUCUUUGACGAUCUCGCGGCGCAGCUUGCGCUUCGUGGCCCGCCACGGAUCCGGCUCGCAGUCUACGACCUGGCGAGCAACGACAUGCCGGCGUCGGUCAAGGUUCAGGGCCGGCUCCCACUGUUUGUGGUCCACCCGGCCGGUCCGCACCACGAGCAGCCGAUUGUGCUCGAGCCCGAGAACGGACGGGUCCAGGACAUCCUGCUCAACUUUUUGAGGCGGAACGCCGACACUGAGACUGCGAGUGCGCUGGCGACGUUUGAGCUGGAGAACCACGACCCGGCGAUUGCGGCACGGCAAGCCGCGAUUCGCGAGGCUGCGACGGGUGCGGAGAAGUAA